AUGGCUGAUUGCUGGACUGUGUCCCUGGAGCUUGUUGUUAGUAGAUUCAUCAGUAGCACGAAACCCAGAAACCAAGCAGCUGUUUCUGAAUUCCUCCUCCUGGAACUGACAGAGGAUCCAGCAGUGCAACUGCUUCUCUUCAGCCUCUUCCUGUCCAUGUACCUGGUCACAGUGCUUGGGAACCUUCUCAUCAUCCUAGCCAUCAGUAGUACCAAACCCAGAAACCAAACAUCUGUUUCUGAAUUCCUGCUCCUGGAACUGACAGAAGAUCCAUUGUUGCAGCUGCUUCUCUUCAGUCUCCUCCUGUUCGUGUUCCUGGUCACAGUGCUUGGGAACCUGCUCAUCAUCCUGGCCAUCAGGUCUGACCCCAAUCUCCACACACCCAUGUACUUCUUCCUUUCCAACCUGUCCUUCACAGACAUCUGUAUGAGCAGAAGCACAAUCCCAAAGAUGCUGGUGAACAUGCAAGCACAGAGUCAGAGCAUCUCUUACACAGGCUGCCUCUCCCAGGUCUUCUUUUUUUUGGCUUUUCUUGUCCUGGAAAAUUGUCUCCUCACAGCAAUGGCCUAUGACCGGUAUGUGGCCAUUUGUCACCCACUGAUGUACCCCAUCAUCAUGAAUCCUUCCCUCUGUGUGAUGCUGGUUCUGAUCUCUCUGCUCAUCAGCACUGUGAAUAGCCUUCUCCACACUCUGAUGGUGCUGCAGCUGUCCUUCUGCACAGACUUGGAGAUCCCUAACUUCUUCUGUGAACUUUCUCAGGUCAUUAAACCUGCCUGUUCUGAUACCCUCAUCAAUAAUAUUUUCAUGUAUUUUUUCUCUGUCAUAUUGGGCGGUAUUGCUCUGUUUGGGAUUAUUUUUUCUUAUACUCACAUUGUCUAUUCUCUUUUGAGAUUGCCAUCAGCUGGAAGAAAAUACAAAGCCUUUUCCACCUGUGGAUCUCAUCUCUUAGUUGUUUUCUUGUUCUAUGGCACAGGUUUUGGGGUAUACCUUAACUCCAUUUCUGAGUCCUCUAGGAAGACUGCAGUGACUUCAAUGAUGUACUCUAUAGUCCCUCCCAUGCUGAAUCCCUUUAUCUACAGCCUCAGGAACAAAAACAUUAGGGUGACCUUGGAAAAAAUAUUUGGUAGAAUACCAUUUUAA